CUCUGAAAAGCUUAGCAUACACGAGACUUAUACACGUAUAGAAAACUUUUGUGUAAAAGACUGCAUAGAAUCAAUAAAGAUACACAAGACAGAUAAUACAAACCACAUGUUACUGAAAUAUUAAAAUGAAAACGUCUACACUUUUUAAAUAUGCAUACAAAAUGUAAUUUUACAUAAAAAUCUGCUAUCUAUUCAUGAUGACUAUUCAAGAAGACGAUUAUUCUGAAUUUUUUGCCAAGUGUUGUUUUCUAUAUUUUGCUUGCGACUCGCAAGAAUGUUAUCGUUCGAUGUCGCUAUUUAUUUUAGUUGCGAUCACGGCCACUCGAUUUCACCGGAGUCUAAAGUGUGAUUAAGCAGGACGUCGGUAUCAAUGCGACUUCCUUGACGAGCGAUAUCGUCGUCAACGCACAUGAUCUCCUUUUCUCUUCCCUUAAUAUUAGUCGCUCAGCGAUACUCGGCAACGAUGCGAACGCGUUUACGCUCAGCCCUUGUUUUCAGUAAUUAGUAUACCCAUCAAAUGAGAAAAUAAGAGAAUGUGAAUUUUGAGUUUGAUAUUCUAUGUUCAAGUACUGUUUCGAGGGACAGGACAUUCUCUGAAAGUGAAGUAAUUAUACUAUUUCCGGCCUCGGUAACAAAAACGAGUGGAACAAGUGUCUCAUUAAAAGCUAUAUUAAUUUGAGGUAUAAGGAAAUGGGAAAAAUAUAAUGUGUACACAGAAUUAUUCGGUUUUGACGUUAGUGUGUGAGCGGUUAUUGCAUCUGCAUAGUAAAACUCGGUAAACCGCGUCUUACGCGAAAAUUAUAAAGUCAAAAACUAAUUUUACAAAAUUGAAACGGAUUAUUAUCGAUGACAGACAAAUAAUUGGAAUUGAUCAAUGCAACUUGGUAGCUUAUAUUAGUAGCUAUUUAUACCUGAUUAUUUAAAGGAGUGUAAAAUAUGGAAUCAAUUAACGGUUACAUCCUCCACUAAGAGAACACAAAGACAUAUUCCAAUAUUGAAUUGCGAUUAAUUUUGAAUUCGAAAAUUUCAUUCGGAGCAAUCGGUCAGUAGGUUCGAGUGGGCAUAAACAAGUAUAAAUAAGAUUUCGCAAAGUGUAAUUCUCAUCUAUCGAGGUACGACAAAACGAGCCCAUCUAACGUCCUACGAUCGUGCACCGAAAAGUCAAUAAAUCGUCAAGUUUUCUUGUUUUGCGGCGCGAGACGCGGUCCAAGCGCGUUCGAUAAAUCAACGUCGAUUUGAUACCCGCGCGAGCAUCAAUUACGGGACCUUCCCUUUGACAUUAAUUUAUUAGUGGCGGGAAACGAAAUAUCGCGAAUGAUCGUUGGUCCAGCCUGGCCGCGGUCCUCGCCGUUCAAUUCGUAACGUGGAAAAUCGACGGGAAAAGAGAAGGGAAGAAGAUAGAGGUACAGGGGUAACCACCAGUUGAGCAGCUUUCGGCAGCGUGACAAACAUGACGGACGAGCUCUUAUUUUCUGCACUGGGUUUGACAACGGACACUGGUGUCGAAAGGCAGCAACUGUUCACCAAUAACGCAACCACCUUAGCCUACGACUACGAAGCGUCCUCUUCUUGCGGAACAACGCCGCGCAGCGACGACUCCGAAAUUGUCGAUGCUCACUCAAGUAAUCUCAGCAACAUCGAGUGUUACACGGAUUUGACUUGCCCGAGGAAAACUUGGAACGAAUGGCCUGAUAUCACACCGGUAUCAUUGUCAGGUACAGGGUGCAUGGGCGAAUUUAGCGAAUUGAGUGAACUUAGCGAGUUGAGCGAACUAGACUCGGAACUCGAAUGGUGUUUAGACAAAGGCUGGAAUUCUGGACUUCCGGAGAGGACACCGUUGUGUACCGCCGGUUGUGAGGGCUUUCUGCAUUUACCAUUACCAAAUCCGCAGCAAAUGCUACCACGAGAAGAACCAUUAUGGGUGCUUGGGAUAGAUUUGAGGGCGCUCGACGCUACUUUGGAAACGAACGGAAUAGACUAUAACAAUAACCAGGUAGAAGAGAAUAUUUCUUCAGCAGCUGCCGCUGCCUUAGCGACUCAUGACUACACUAAUCGCAGCUUGGCGAACGCGGCGGAAGAUCGAUGCUUCCCUUGUACCUAUCAAGGAUGCUUGAAGGUGUACGCAAAAGCGUCUCAUCUGAAAGCUCAUUUACGUCGACAUACCGGCGAGAAACCGUUCGCGUGUACAUGGUCCGGCUGCGGAUGGCGUUUCAGCCGAUCCGACGAGCUAGCCAGGCAUCGGCGAUCGCAUUCGGGAGUGAAACCGUAUCCCUGCGAAAUGUGCUCGAAAAGAUUCGCUCGAAGCGAUCACUUGGCCAAGCAUCGCAAAGUACAUAGAAAGAACGCGUAUCCUUUGUUCCACGGAGGCAGAGGAUUGCGCGGAGGGAAGAUUAAUAUCCUACCAGCGGAGAGUUAGCUAAUUUCUAUUGCGUAAAAUAAAAAAAUAUACCUUCGAUUAUCAAGCCAACGCAUGAGAAUUACGAUGUCGAUAAAAGAGAUUAAGUAAGAUUACUAUUGUAGUCUUUUUUAAAUGGUUCGAUCAGUUGACCCAGAUUAAGCGAGAUUUUUAACAUGAUAAUAAAAAUUGUUGAAAAUGUGAUUAA